ACAAAUUAGGGCCCUCCUUGCGAUUUCGAGGUUAGGGUCGGGGUCGAUCCGUCGCGGGGGACCAUCUCUCGGCAUCGAUCGAUCGCCGCCGGUGUCGGCGGCGAGGGGCGGCGCGGGGAUGGCGAGCGGCAACAGCGGCGAGCCGAGCACGGCGCCGCAGCCGAAUCGGUGGUACGAGCUCCGGCUGGGCUCCUCCUGCCGCGACCCCUCCCCCACCGCCAAGUUCUGCACGCUCCGCUAUGAAUUUAAGCCAGCAUCAAUUGAUAAGACUCAAGCUGGGUCUCUGCAGAAGACCAAAGAUAACAGGGUUACUGUGGAAUUCCACAACAAUCAGCCUGGCAAGCCAAAGGUGACAUUUGAAGGAAGCCAAGAAGAGUACAAGGAUAAUGAUGGUGUCUUGUUUUUUGAUGGUGAAACCUUUCGUCUGGAGCGGUUGCAUCGGGCUGUCAAGAGAUUAAGGCAUGUCCGAGUUCCAGGAGAGUCUUCGGCAGCCACUUCGGCUACUACUGGAAUGGGCGAAUCACAUUCCCCUCCAUUACCGAAAGUUGGAAAGUCACCGGCCAUGAGUAAACCUGCUGUACACUCAGUUCCUGUUGAGGUUGAACGCAUUGACAUUGGUGAACCUGAAAAUCCAGUUGCAGGUCUAAGAAACAAUAACAGGAGCACUACAUACCAACCUGUUACCACAAAUCCAUUUUCAUUUUCGCCUGAUCCAAAUGAUCAAGAGGAGAACCUAGACAUACUUGGUGAUGAUGACAAUGGCUCACCGAAUAACAUGUCCUCUGGACAAGGAGCUUCUGUUCGUGGUUUUGACAUCAACAUACCAAACCAGCUUGACAUAGAUGAUGAAAUUGCUGAUGUAGAUGUCAGUGAUGAGGCUGAUGAGGGACUCAAUGCAGCCGAGGCCCUGCGAGCUCAAGUCAAUGCAGAAGGGCAGCAGGAUGAGCAGGAAACCUCUAGCUCUAGCGGGAGCAGCAGCAGCAGUAGUAGCAGUGGAAGUGGGAGUGGUAGUGGAAGCAGCAGCAGUGAUAGUGACGGCAGUGAUGGUGAUUCAGCCAGCUCUGGGGGUGACGUUGAUAUAUAAGUUUGGUGUACAGAGUUUUCUUGCUGUGUAUGCCAUGGUUCACAAUUUUACACCAGUAUCAGGAGGUGUAAGCCUUGAAUGUUUAACUCAUAGUUCACAGGUAACAAAAUUAAGUUUCUUCUGUUGUGAUCUUAUUCUGCUGUAAUUUGUUUGUUCUCCUCUUGGUUAGUCUGCUAUGUUUCUUAGAUCUAGCCUGGAGCAUAGCAUUUGUAUGAAACCUUUGCAUGAUGGAUUUUCUUCCCAAAUAUGGGAUAUAUUUUCUCUUGUUUUGAAGUACAGAACGGCAUAUAUUCUGAUAUGUAGACAUACAUAGUGUGCACCAUGUUGUGGGUUAGUUGUUUGAUGGAAGUAUCUGCCCACUUUUUGUAUCGUACUUGCUUUGCUUUGCAAAUUAACUCAUGGAGCUGUUAUUUUUUGACAA